AUGCCAGUCCAGCCCAGCACCGUUACGUUUUCCUUAGCUAAGUACGCACGCUUGAGUACGUUGAAUGCGAGUCAUACGAACAAGCGGUACUUGCGAUCUGACGCAGCCGUGACAAAGAGCGACGAAAUUGGCGGUCUAGAAGAAAGAGUAGUACUUGAUUACGCUAUUUCUCGCGUCGUGGGGCUUAUUCGCGUCGUGACAAAGCCUAUUGUAGAGAUGUCUCGGAAUUUGAUUGACAAACUGGUGUUGUACAUAAUGCCUGCGAGUAAAUCGUUUGCUUAUUUUUUUCCACAUAUUACCGUCAUGGAUACACAAGCUCCCGAUGAAAUAAUCAAUUUUUUUAGUUGCAGUAAGUUUCGCAAGUGGGCUUCUGUUGCUGGUAAAUUGAAGGGGUGGGAUCAAGUCUUGGACACUUUAUCAAUCAAAUUAACUUUGGAUCUCAAGCUUGGACACCACAUUGUAAGUUGUCUCGCAAGUGGAGUACUUACGAAUCGUGACAUGCUGAUUUAUCUGCUAUACAAACUAUUCUUCAGGUGGAGAUUGACAAAUAGAAGCGAAGUUGAGAUUUGUACGGAGAGCGAAUAUCUUUACUAUCGCUAUUAUCUUUACUUGAAUCCUGAACCACCUCCUGGCAAAGGAAAUGCACCACCUCCUGGCAAUGAAAAUGCACCACCUCCUGGCAAUGAAAACGCACCACCUCCCGGCAAAGGAAUUGCACAAGUGCAUCCUGAAGAAAGCGCAAGGAAAGACUGCUUGAGCUUCAAACAAGCAUAG